GGCCUCCAUUUUUAAUCGGAUAAAGACAGCGUUUAUAAAUCGGGUGCCAAUGAAACCUGGCGAAUGCAAAAUGGUGAUUGUAGUUAGAACAGACAUUCCAAUGGGAAAAGGAAAAAUAGGUGCUCAAUGUGCUCAUGCUGCAUUAGAAUGCUAUCGAAAAUCGACCUCCAUUGGUUCAAACCGACGAGUGUUUAAUUCUUGGUUACUCUUUGGACAACCAAAAGUAGUGCUUAGGAUAUCGAGUGAAAAGGAACUUUUAAGUUUAGCUCAAAAAUCUCGUGACUCUGGACUCAUCACUGCAGUAAUAAGAGAUGCAGGCAGAACCCAAUUGGAACCUGGUACAAUUUCUGUAUUAGGGAUUGGGCCUGCUCCCACAAAUAUUGUUGACCAAGUCACAUCUUCAUUGAAAUUACUGUAAUUACGCUACAGUUAAAUUUUUUGUAUAUUGUAUUUUUCAAUUUAGUAAUACGUUUUAUUUGAAGGACUUAAAUAAAUAGAUUAGGACAAUAGACUUUUUUUAAAUCGAAAAUUCGAAUUAUACUUAAGGAUGUUCUUGGAGCACGGUCAAGUUAAAUUUACUUGGUCUUUAAAUGGGAUUUGGGGAAGCUCAUGUAAUUAAUAAAAAAAGUUUUCAUU